GGCUACUUUUGGGGCGAGUAAGAACAACCUCCACUGUGUGUGUGAGAGACAGAGGGAGGGUAAGUUACCAGACUAGAUUGAUCGUGUUCUUGAUCCCAAGAUGCUCGAUCUUUGCUUGUCUUUUCGACGGUUUCUUCUCCAGAUGUACAGAUUUCCUAACUCAGUGUUAGUUGGAGUUAGAGAGCCAUAAGCGUGGGGCCAGAGUAACAGAACUCUUGGCUGUGAGCAAUACAUGGCAUCUGCGAGUUUAAGGCAUGCUGGUGUGGGAAGUUCCAGGGUGGUGAACAGUUUUAAGGGGUCAUCAAGCUCAGUUGAAUGGCUUGGAAGAGAGAUGCUGGAAAUGAAGUUAAAGGAUGCCAGGCUGGAUGCAGAUGAUGAAGAAGAUACUGAGUCAGAAAUUAUUGAUGGAAUUAGUGCUGAAGCUGGACAAAUAAUUGCUGCUACUGUUCGUGGCCGUAAUGGUCAACCAAAGCAGGCAGUUAGUUAUAUAGCAGAACAUGUGGUUGGCACAGGUUCUUUUGGGGUCGUAUUUCAGGCCAAGUGCAGGGAAACUGGGGAGAUAAUGGCUAUCAAGAAGGUUCUUCAAGAUAAACGCUACAAGAACCGGGAAUUACAAAUUAUGCACAUGCUGGACCAUCCAAAUAUUGUUGCUCUUAAGCACUACUUCUUUUCAACUACAAAUAAGGAAGAGGUGUACCUAAACCUUGUAUUGGAGUUUGUACCUGAGACCGUUAAUCGUAUUGCAAGGCAGUACAACAGGAUGAACCAACGCAUGCCUCUCAUAUAUGUGAAACUCUUCACUUACCAGAUAUGUAGAGCACUUGCUUACAUGCAUAAUGCUGUUGGCAUAUGUCAUCGAGAUAUCAAACCACAAAAUUUACUUGUGAAUCCACAUACAUAUCAACUCAAGUUGUGUGAUUUUGGUAGUGCAAAAGUAUUGGUCAAAGGGGAACCUAAUAUCUCUUACAUAUGCUCAAGAUAUUAUCGAGCACCUGAGCUUAUAUUUGGUGCGACUGAGUAUACAACUGCGAUCGACAUGUGGUCCACUGGUUGUGUGAUGGCUGAGUUGUUUCUUGGGCAGCCCCUAUUUCCUGGAGAAAGUGGUGUUGACCAGCUGGUGGAGAUUAUCAAGGUUCUUGGAACACCUACAAGAGAAGAGAUAAAGUGCAUGAAUCCAAACUAUACUGAGUUUAAGUUUCCACAAAUAAAGGCUCAUCCAUGGCACAAGGUUUUCCAAAAGCGGUUGCCGCCAGAAGCAGUUGACCUUGUUUCUAGAUUUCUUCAGUACUCACCAAAUCUGCGGUGCACUGCUCUAGAAGCCUGCUUGCACCCUUUCUUUGAUGAGCUGAGAGACCCAAAUACUCGUCUCCCCAAUGGUCGACCACUUCCUCCUCUCUUCAACUUCAAAUCUCAUGAGAUAAGGGGAAUUCCGCCGGAUGUUCUUGAGCGUCUAAUUCCGGAGCAUGCAAGGAAGCAGAGCUUGUUCAUGGCCUUGCACGGUUAGCAGGCUUUGGAGCGUAGCGAACAUGCUCCAAAUGCCUGCUUGUAGAAACUUGGAAGCGGAGCUUCUUUGAUGUACCUUUUCUUUUCUUCACCUUUUCUUAUUUAUCUAGCUUGGAAGGUUUGAAGCCUGUGUGGAGAUGAAAAUGCUUGUAGAAACUUAAAAAAGUCUUUUUACAUAAGAGCAUAUGUGUAUCUUUGUAAAUUUAUUGGGCCUGUGUGGUGGUUAUUUCCGAGAUUCCAUGUGUGAAAUUGUUGCUAUCUAAACAUGAGUUUUGCCUCUCUGGCUCCUCUUGAUCUGAA